AUGGCCGUCUCCAGUCCCCUCGACCCUCUCCUUCGGGGGAGCACCAGCAAAAACACCAGGGGUCUACUUCGGAUCAUCAUUCUAGUGACCAUCGCGGCUGCCGCGGUGGCUGCUCGUCUCUUCAGUGUUAUACGUUUCGAGAGUAUCAUACACGAAUUUGAUCCUUGGUUCAACUUCCGAGCGACGAAAUAUCUUGUGGCCAAUGGCUUCUACAGCUUCUGGGACUGGUUCGAUGACCGAACAUGGCAUCCUCUCGGUCGAGUCACUGGUGGUACACUCUAUCCUGGCCUCAUGGUCACGUCCGGCGUCAUCUACCAUGUCCUUCGCCUGUUAUCUCUGCCCGUCGACAUUCGAAACAUCUGUGUCCUCCUCGCUCCGGCGUGCUCCGGCCUUACAGCACUCGCCAUGUACCUCUUGACAAACGAGAUGUCCUCUUCGCCUUCUGCGGGCCUUCUGGCCGCAGUUUUCAUGGGAAUUAGCCCCGGUUAUAUCUCAAGAUCAGUUGCGGGCAGCUACGACAACGAAGCUAUUGCCAUAUUCCUCCUUGUAUUCACGUUCUUCCUGUGGAUCAAGGCAGUCAAAGUCGGAUCGAUCAUGUGGGGAGCACUGGCCGCCUUGUUCUACGGAUACAUGGUGUCUGCUUGGGGUGGAUAUGUCUUCAUCACGAAUCUUAUUCCUCUGCAUGCCUUCACUCUCAUCCUUAUGGGUCGUUACAGCUCCAGACUUUACAUCAGCUACACGACCUGGUAUGCUUUGGGAACGUUAGCAAGCAUGCAGGUUCCUUUCGUCGGCUUCUUACCGAUUAGGAGCAGUGAUCACAUGGCAGCACUCGGUAUCUUUGGCCUCCUACAAUUGGUCGGUUUCUUCAACUUUCUCCGGGACCAGCUGCCAGGAAAGCAGUUCCAGACGCUACUCGUGGCUCUAGGUGGAGCUAUUUUCGCAAUCAUGUUCUCCGCCCUUGUCCUCCUCACCUUGUCCGGAACCAUUGCACCUUGGAGUGGACGAUUUUAUUCACUCUGGGAUACUGGUUAUGCGAAGAUCCACAUUCCUAUCAUUGCCUCGGUUUCGGAACAUCAGCCAACCGCUUGGCCGGCGUUCUUUUUCGACCUCAACAUGCUCAUCUGGUUGUUUCCUGCCGGCGUCUACCUUUGCUUCAGGAACCUCAGAGACGAACAUGUUUUUGUCGUCAUCUACGGUGUGCUGGCCAGUUACUUUGCCGGUGUCAUGGUCCGUCUGAUGCUCACUUUGACACCCGUUGUAUGCUGUGCGGCGGCACUGGCGCUUUCGCAAAUCCUGGAUACCUACCUGUAUCUUCCUAGUCCCACGGAAGAUGCAAGUGAGUCUAGCAACGGAUCCGUGAAAGAAAAAGCCAGCAAGAUCAGUGCCAAUCCAUCCCUGCGCUCCACGCGGAACCCGCUGGUUGGCAUCUACUCCAGCAUCUCCAAGUCAAUGAUGACAUCCAUGACCACCGCAUUUCUGAUGCUGUUUGUCGCCCAUUGUACAUGGGUGACUUCCAAUGCAUAUUCGUCGCCUUCAGUGGUCCUGGCUUCCAGGCUCCCAGAUGGCUCGCAGCAUAUCAUUGACGACUACCGUGAGGCAUAUUAUUGGCUAAGACAGAAUACCCCACAGGACGCAAAGAUCAUGUCCUGGUGGGAUUAUGGUUAUCAAAUCGGAGGAAUGGCCGACCGACCGACACUGGUGGACAACAACACUUGGAACAACACGCAUAUUGCAACCGUCGGCAAAGCAAUGAGUUCGAGGGAAGAAGUCAGCUACCCUAUCCUCCGACAGCACGACGUCGACUAUGUCCUGGUCGUCUUUGGUGGUCUGCUGGGAUACAGUGGUGAUGAUAUUAACAAGUUCUUGUGGAUGGUCAGAAUUGCCGAAGGUAUCUGGCCUGAAGAAAUAAGGGAGCGUGACUACUUCACUGCUCGGGGCGAGUACCGAGUCGACGAUGAAGCCACGCCGACGAUGAAGAACUCAUUGAUGUACAAAAUGUCAUAUUACAACUACGACAAGCUAUUCCCAGCUGGUCAGGCACAGGACCGGGUCCGAGGCUCGUCUCUGCCGGCCCAGGGUCCUGAGCUGAGUACUUUGGAAGAAGCUUUCACCAGCGAAAACUGGAUCAUCCGUAUCUACAAGGUGAAGGAUCUGGACAAUAUUGGACGUGACCAUCAAAGUGCUGUUGCAUUUGAUAAAGGCCACAAGAAGAGGAGAAAGGCGGGAUCGAAGAAGGUUGUGAGAGUAUUGCGAGAAGACUGAUCGCUCGUACUUUGGUCAUGUUUUCAAGCAGGAAGCAGGUCGGCUGCGCUGCUUCUUGUAACGGUAUAGAUGGAAAUGAAAACAAAAAGUCUGCCGGAAGGCGAAUAUUCUGUGUAUAAAACGAAUGGAAAACUAGUUCAUGGAAAAUCAGCUUCAUGAAUGGGAAAAUCCGAAACAGUGAA